AUGGCCACAACAGCUGAAACCCCCUUGUCGGCAUUUGUCAGACUUGCCCCGUCGGUCUAUCUCCAAGACCCGCCCCCAAGCGAGAAGGCGGAUCGGCCAGUGAUAUUUCUUGCUUUUUGGAUGAAUGCACCCCCCCGCGCCCUAGCGAAAUAUGUGGUCGAGUACAGACGACUAGUACCAUCAGCGCGAAUUAUCUUCGUCGCAAGCUCAUCAAAUGACUUCACCUGGCGCCUGGGGACUCAGACCCAGAGAGCCCGCGUCGCCCCAGCCGUGGAAGCAAUGCGCGGUCUAGUGACCCCUGAAAAUCCAGUUUUUGUGCACUUUUUCUCAAAUGGAGGCAUGUCGAGUACGGCACACUUAUUGCAAACCUGGAAGCAUACUACAGGGACCCCAUUGCCCAUGUCAGGAAUGAUCCUAGACAGCGCACCGGGCAGUCCGAGCCUACGAGCGGGACUCAAGGCUUUCUCCUUUGCGCUUCCGCGGAUGUGGAUCUUGCGACUACUUGGCAAAAGCUUGCUUUUUGCUUUCAUGGUUCUCUUCAAGUUGAUCCAUUCCUUUCCCAUGUUUCCGGAUCCUAUCUCCCUUGCCCGGAAGUUCAUCAAUGAUACAUCUUUGGUGCGGACGGCUGACCCGGGCGGGACUCUCAGUCGUUGCUAUAUCUACUCCGAUACAGAUGAUUUAGUGGACUGGCGUGAUGUGGAAUCUCAUGCUGUGAACGCCGAGGCUGAGGGUUGGGCGGUGCGCCGUGAAUUGUUCAAAAGCUCCCCUCAUGUUGGACAUAUGAGAGCUGAGCCCGAUCGGUAUUGGGGCAUUGUUAGAGAGUACUUGGGUACCUUGGUAUCGGCGUGA